GGUCUCUGCUAUUGUAUGGUGAAAAACGACUGCCACGUCUGUCCAGGCUUAAAAUCAUUUGACCUUCCAUCCUCUGCUUCCAGUAAGGCGGAAACCACAGCUAUGGGAGAUGCAGAGAUGUCCGUGUUUGGGGUCGCAGCUCCAUACCUGCGCAAGUCUGACAGGGAGCGUCUGGAGGCACAGACACGCGCCUUCGACAUGAAGAAGGAAUGCUUCGUUCCUGAUCCCGUAGAGGAGUUUGUCAAGGCCACUAUCACCAGUCGAGAAGGAGAAAAAGUGACUGUGCAGACAGAAUCAGGAAAGACAUUGACCUGCAAGGACAGCCAGAUUCUGCAACAGAAUCCCCCCAAGUUUGAUAAGAUUGAAGACAUGGCGAUGCUAACUUUCCUUCAUGAGCCCGCUGUGCUGUUUAACCUUAAAGAGCGAUACGCAGCAUGGAUGAUCUAUACCUACUCAGGGCUGUUCUGUGUCACUGUCAACCCCUACAAGUGGCUGCCGGUAUACAACCAGGAAGUGGUUGUAGCUUACAGGGGUAAGAAGAGGAGUGAAGCUCCUCCGCACAUCUUCUCCAUCUCUGAUAACGCCUACCAGUACAUGUUAGCAGACCGUGAAAACCAGUCAAUCCUGAUCACUGGAGAAUCAGGCGCGGGGAAAACGGUCAACACUAAGAGAGUGAUCCAGUACUUUGCCAGCAUAGCAGCAAGCAGUGUAAAGAAAGACGCUGCUGUUCAAAACAAGGGGACCUUGGAGGAUCAAAUCAUCCAAGCUAACCCUGCUCUGGAAGCUUUUGGCAAUGCCAAGACUAUCAGGAAUGACAACUCCUCAAGAUUUGGUAAAUUCAUCAGAAUUCACUUUGAUACCAGAGGAAAAUUGGCAUCAGCUGACAUUGAAACAUAUCUCCUGGAGAAGUCUCGUGUCAUCUUUCAGCUCAAAGCAGAGAGAGACUAUCAUAUUUUCUAUCAAAUCUUGUCAAACAAGAAACCUGAGAUACUUGAGAUGCUCCUGGUGACACCGAACCCCUACGAUUAUGCCUUCAUCUCUCAGGGAGAGACGACGGUUCCUUCUAUUGAUGAUGCAGAUGAACUCAUGGCGACUGAUAACGCUUUUGAUGUACUGGGCUUCACACAAGAGGAAAAAAACUCUGUGUACAAACUGACGGGAGCCAUCAUGCACUAUGGCAACAUGAUGUUUAAGCAAAGGCAGCGUGAAGAGCAGGCAGAAGCCGAUGGAACUGAAGACGCUGACAAAGCAGCUUACUUGAUGGGCCUGAACUCUGCCGAUCUCAUUAAGGGUUUGUGUCACCCACGAGUGAAAGUAGGGAACGAAUGGGUGACCAAAGGACAAAAUGUCCAACAGGUGAACUAUGCAGUUGGCGCUUUGUCCAAAGCUGUGUAUGAGAAAAUGUUCCUCUGGAUGGUGAUGAGGAUUAAUCAGUCUCUAGAAACUCGGCAGGCACGACAGUACUUCAUCGGCGUGCUCGACAUUGCUGGCUUUGAGAUAUUUGACUUUAACACCUUUGAGCAACUCUGCAUUAAUUUCACAAAUGAAAAGCUGCAGCAGUUUUUUAAUCAUCACAUGUUUGUGCUGGAGCAAGAAGAAUACAAGAAAGAAGGUAUAGAGUGGACCUUCAUUGACUUUGGCAUGGACCUGCAGGCCUGUAUUGACCUAAUUGAGAAGCCAAUGGGUAUCAUGUCUAUCCUCGAAGAGGAAUGCAUGUUCCCAAAAGCUACAGAUGCCACCUUCAAAGCCAAGCUUUAUGACAACCACCUGGGGAAAUCCAGCAACUUCCAGAAGCCGAGGGUUAUGAAGGGAAAAGCAGAGGCUCACUUUGCCCUGAUUCACUAUGCUGGCACUGUAGACUACAACAUUAACAACUGGCUUGUGAAAAACAAGGACCCACUGAAUGAAACUGUGGUUGGACUCUACCAGAAAUCAUCACUGAAACUACUGGCCUUACUGUUCGCCAAUUAUGCUGGUGCAGAUUCAGCUAUGUCAGACAGUGCUAGUGGCAAAAAAGAGAAGAAGAAGAAAGGCUCAUCGUUUCAAACAGUGUCUGCACUUCACAGGGAAAAUCUCAAUAAGCUAAUGACAAACUUGCGUUCAACUCAUCCCCACUUUGUACGCUGCAUAAUUCCCAAUGAGAGCAAAACUCCGGGUGCGAUGGACAACCCUCUUGUUAUGCACCAGCUGCGGUGCAACGGUGUCCUGGAGGGCAUCAGGAUCUGUAGAAAGGGGUUCCCCAACAGAAUCCUGUAUGGUGAUUUCAAACAGAGAUAUCGUAUCCUAAACCCAUCUGCAAUCCCAGAAGGACAGUUCAUUGACAGCAGGAAAAGUGCUGAAAAACUGUUGGCUUCACUUGAUAUAGAUGUUCAACAGUACAGAUUUGGACACACUAAGGUGUUUUUCAAAGCUGGUCUAUUAGGUCAGUUGGAAGAGAUGCGAGAUGAGAGACUGUCUAAAAUCAUCACGGGAAUUCAAGCAAGGUCUCGUGGGCUUCUUUCGAGAAUUGAGUACCAGAAGUUGGUGGAACGCAGGGAUGCCUUGCUUGUAAUCCAGUGGAAUGUGCGCGCCUUUAUGAGUGUCAAGAACUGGCCCUGGAUGAAGCUUUAUUUCAAGAUCAAACCAUUAUUGCGUUCUGCUGAAGCAGAGAAGGAAAUGGCCAAUAUGAAAGAGGAGUUCCUGAAGCUCAAAGAGGCUUUUGCCAAGUCAGAAUCCCGUAAAAAAGAGCUAGAAGAGAAGAUGGUGUCUCUCCUUCAAGAGAAGAAUGAUCUCCAGCUUCAAGUGCAGGCGGAGCAAGACAACCUCUGUGAUGCUGAGGAAAGAUGUGAAGGGCUGAUCAAGAAUAAGAUCCAGAUGGAAUCUAAAGUGAAAGAGCUGACUGAGAGACUAGAGGAUGAGGAAGAGAUCAAUGCUGAACUAACAGCGAAGAAGAGAAAGCUCGAGGAUGAGUGCUCGGAACUGAAGAAAGACAUCGAUGAUCUUGAACUGACUUUGGCUAAAGUGGAGAAAGAGAAGCACGCCACAGAAAACAAGGUGAAAAAUCUGACUGAAGAAAUGGCAGUUCUAGAUGAAAUCAUAGCCAAGCUAACCAAGGAGAAGAAAGCUCUACAGGAGGCACAUCAACAAGCCCUGGAUGACCUGCAGACUGAAGAGGACAAAGUCAACACACUCACCAAAGCCAAAGUCAAACUGGAGCAGCAAGUUGAUGAUUUAGAAGGGUCUCUAGAGCAAGAAAAGAAGAUUCGUAUGGAUCUUGAAAGGGCAAAGAGAAAGCUGGAGGGGGACUUAAAGUUGACCCAAGAAAGUAUAAUGGAUCUGGAAAAUGACAAACAACAACUGGAGGAACGUCUUAAGAAGAAAGACUUUGAAAUCAACCAACUUACUAGUAAAAUUGAGGACGAGCAAGCCAUAAUUCUGCAACUCCAAAAAAAAUUGAAAGAACUGCAGGCUCGUGUAGAGGAACUGGAGGAAGAGCUGGAGGCAGAACGGGCUGCGAGGGCCAAAGUUGAGAAGCAGCGUGCGGAUCUGGCGCGAGAGCUGGAAGAGAUCAGCGAGAGGCUGGAGGAAGCUGGAGGAGCCACUUCUGCUCAGAUCGAGAUGAACAAAAAAAGGGAGGCAGAGUUCCAGAAACUGCGGCGAGACCUCGAAGAGGCGACGCUGCACCACGAAGCCACAACUGCCACAUUGAGAAAAAAACAAGCUGACAGCAUGGCAGAGCUCGGUGAGCAGAUUGACAACCUGCAGAGGAUCAAACAAAAGCUGGAGAAGGAGAAGAGUGAACUGAAACUGGAGCUGGAUGACGUGGUCUCCAGCAUGGAACAUAUUGUGAAAUCCAAAACCAACCUGGAGAAGUUGAGCAGAGGUUUGGAGGACCAGCUGAAUGAAUUUAGAAACAAGUGUGAGGAAAACCAAAGAUCUCUUAACGAUUUUGCAACGCAGAAGACCAAGCUUCAGGCUGAGAAUGAUGAACUUUCUAGACAGCUAGAGGAAAAAGAAUCACUAGUUUUUCAACUCACAAGGGGAAAACAGUCCUACAGUCAACAACUUGAAGAUCUGAAAAGGCAGCUUGAUGAGGAAGUCAAGGCCAAGAACGCUCUAGCCCAUGCUGUGCAGUCUGCACGUCACGACAUGGACCUCCUGCGUGAGCAGUAUGAGGAAGAGCAGGAGGCUAAGGCUGAGCUGCAACGUAGCCUCUCCAAAGCCAACGCUGAAGUGGCCCAGUGGAGAACCAAGUAUGAAACUGAUGCCAUCCAGAGGACAGAGGAACUGGAAGAAGCCAAGAAAAAACUGGCUCAGCGUUUGCAGGAUGCCGAGGACGGAGUAGAAGCGGUGAAUGCGAAAUGUUCUUCUCUUGAGAAGACCAAGCACAGGCUUCAGAAUGAGAUAGAAGAUCUCAUGGUUGACAUGGAGCGGUCUAAUGCAGCCGCUGCAGCCUUGGACAAAAAGCAAAGACACUUUGAUAAGGUAUUAGCUGAAUGGAAGCAGAAAUAUGAGGAAUCUCAGUGUGAACUAGAAAGCUCUCAAAAAGAAGCCAGAUCUUUGAGCACUGAACUCUUCAAACUGAAGAACUCCUAUGAGGAAUGUUUGGAUCAACUGGAGACGAUCAAAAGAGAAAACAAGAUUCUUCAAGAGGAGAUAACUGACCUAUCUGAGCAACUUGGUGAAAGUGGAAAAACAAUCCAUGAAUUGGAGAAGAUCAGAAAGCAGCUAGAACAAGAGAAAGCUGAUAUACAGGCUGCCCUGGAGGAGGCUGAGGGCUCCUUAGAGCACGAGGAGGGUAAAAUUCUAAGAACGCAGCUGGAAUUCAACCAGAUAAAGGCUGACAUUGAGCGCAAACUGGCUGAAAAGGAUGAGGAAAUGGAGCAGUCAAAAAGGAAUCUAAUGAGGACAAUUGACACUCUACAAAGCUCUUUGGAGGCUGAAACUCGUAGCAGGAAUGAGGCUCUCAGAGUAAAGAAGAAGAUGGAAGGUGAUCUGAAUGAGAUGGAGAUUCAGCUGAGUCAGGCCAACAGACAGGCAGCAGAAGCCCAGAAACAGCUCAAGAGCCUCCACUCCAAUCUUAAGGACUGCCAGCUUCAGUUGGAUGACUCCCUCCAUGCCAUUGAUGAUCUAAAGGAGAACACUGCCAUUGUAGAGCGACGUAAUGUUCUGCUGCAGGCAGAACUCGAGGAGCUUAGAAAUGUCGUCGAGCAAACCGAGCGUGGACGAAAGCUUGCUGAGCAAGAACUGCUUGAUGUCAGCGAGAGAGUGCAGCUCCUGCAUUCACAGAAUACUAGCUUACUGAACCAAAAAAAGAAACUAGAAGCUGAUACAUCCCAGCUUCAGACUGAGGUGGAGGAAGCAGUGCAAGAGUGCAGAAAUGCAGAGGAAAAAGCAAAAAAGGCCAUCACUGACGCUGCCAUGAUGGCAGAAGAGCUGAAGAAGGAGCAGGAUACCAGUGCCCACCUGGAGCGCAUGAAGAAGAACAUGGAACAAACGAUCAAGGACCUGCAGCACCGCUUGGAUGAAGCAGAGCAGAUUGCCAUGAAGGGGGGCAAGAAACAAGUCCAAAAACUGGAAGCCAGGGUAAAGGAGUUGGAGAGUGAACUUGAGGCAGAGCAAAAGAGGAGUAGUGAAUCUGUGAAGGGAAUUCGUAAAUAUGAACGUCGCAUUAAAGAACUUUCUUACCAGACUGAAGAAGACCACAAGAAUAUCGCCCGCCUUCAGGAUUUGGUGGACAAGCUGCAACUAAAAGUUAAGGCCUACAAGAGAUCAGCCGAGGACGCUGAGGAACAGGCCAAUGUUCACCUUGGAAAGUUUCGCAAACUCCAGCAUGAGCUGGAUGAAGCAGUAGAGAGGGCUGACAUUGCUGAGUCCCAGGUCAACAAACUGCGUACGAAAAGCCGUGAAACAGGCCCAAAGAAAGUGUUUGAUGAAGAGUGAAGCUCCAGACCUUCAACCUUCCAAGACUGCAGUAGUAUCUACACUCUUUCAAAGUGUGCCACCCCCCACCCUGUUUCCUGCCUCACAAAAUAAAAUCACAUCCUGCAUUUAGA